AUGGGUAAUUUCAGAGUCCUCAGCGACGCCGCUGUUCUCGAUAUUCUGCUCAACCUUCCAAGAAGUGGCAUUCUCCAGCUCCGAGAUCGGCUUGUGGGAGCACUGAUAGAGCUCUCUGAGGGCGCGGAGCGCGACUAUCAGCCCGAUGCAUCGAUAGUGAACAGACCUGAGGGCAUGAAAUGCCUCUUCCGACCUUUCAGCUCCGCCGGUGCCUUCGGAACUAAGAUCGUCGUCACCCCGGCUCCUUCAUCCCCAGCAGCUAACAGCUUGCACGGCAUUAUCUCCAUUUGCGACCAGGACGGCCUACCCCUUGGCGUUAUCAACGCCGAAGAGGUUACAGGAUAUCGCACGGCACUCUCUGCCAUUGUGCCGUACUUAUGGCGGAGCCAUACCGAUAACAUUGUUGUGUUCGGUGCUGGCAAGCAAGCGUUGUGGCAUCUUCGCUUCGCGUUAUCAUUGAGGGGCGACGAGAUCAAGACUAUUACCGUGGCGAAUCGAUCCGCGGAGCGCGCACAGCAGCUCAUCUCGAGAUUGAAGGAGGAGAACCAAGGUCGUUGGAAGUCUACCGCCGACUUUGAGUAUCUGAGUUCCUCUAGCUCCGAGUACGACGCUCAACUUCAGUAUCGUCUCGCUGCAGCAGACGCCAUUUUCUGCACAGUCGGCACCAAAAGCCCAGUAUUUCCGGCACACUAUGUCACAAACGGAAGAAAGGAAAGAAAUCCAUACAUUUCUGCCGUCGGGUCCUGGCAGGCGGACAUGUUGGAAGUAGACCCAGAACUGCUCGUCCAGGCAACCAACGCCGCUGGUGGGAAACUCCGCGAACAAGGUUCAAAGCUUGCCGUGCUAGUCGACGACCGCGAGUCUGCGCUUAAGCACUCUGGCGAAAUCGUUCAGAGCAAACUCGCGGCAGAGUACAUAGUGGAGAUUGGAGAAAUCGAGAUUUCACGGAAACGAGGGGAGAAGCUGGAAUCGCUAUCGACAUUGGAGGAUGGCUUGAUCAUCUACAAAAGUAUCGGUGUCAGUACGACGGAUCUGGCUAUCGGGACGGCUAUUCUGGAUAUUGCGGAGAAGAAGGGGGCUGGCACUGUCAUCCCGGAGUUUUGA